CUAGGAAUAGUUCGUCAUCAAUAAUAGCAAACGAGGAACGAGGAAAUAAAUAUACAAAUGACUCUAACAAGACAGGAUGGUCUAGUGACGAGACUCUAGUCUACCGCAGUGUCAGUAUCGGUGAUAACCGGGUUGACAGUCGAAGAAGACAUAAACCGACAGUGGACGUAGUAUCCGGGAGAAACCGCCCGACAAGUUAUUCAGUGCCAGUAAUUUCGAGUCCACGUCAGGAGAACAUCAAAUCAUGAACGAGACACUGAGAAUAUUCUUCAUCCUAGUUAAAAAGAAUUUUCAAGUCCGAGGAAAAUGUUGGUUUCGGAGUAUAGGAGUCCAAGUGAUUCUUUCAAUCGGUUUAUUUCUCAUGGGCCAGAGUAUUGGUUUAUUUACUGGUGCACCACCAGAAGAUGUAGACACCACGACUUACUAUCCAAUUAAAUCCAAAGAAGAAAUUCUGAUGCGAACCAAUUGGAUAAAUCUCAUUCGCUUUACUCCAGAAAACAGGAUGACGAUUGAUCUGAUGGCGCGGACACAAAAAUGUCUUAAAUACAAGCCGAAAGUGAAUGGGACAGUUGAUGAGGACACAAUGGUGAAGGAUUUAAUCAGUGACAGUUCUAGAAGUUCAUACAUGACAUCUAUAGGAAUUAUCUUUGAGACUCUCAGUGGAAAUUCCGUGCCAACGAAUUUUAAAUAUAAAAUCAGAUCAAGAGAUCCUCUGCGAAUGGAUUUGUACGACUCGCAGGAGAAUGGAAUGUUGGCCGAUACAUUUAAUUUUUCACCAAUUAUGGCAUUACAAUUAUGCGUUGAUGAAGCCUACAUUGAUUGGGUUUCAGAAAGUUCUUCUCAAUUCAAGAAAUUGCAACCGAAGAUUUUCAUGCAACAAAUGCCUUAUCCCCCGUACACAAAGAUGGGUGCAGACAUGUCCAUUGGGACGCAAGCUUUUUCGGAAAUCAUCAAAUUCAUCUUCUUGAUUAUUCUCUGCAUCGAGAUGGCUUACCCGGCUAAUGAAAAACAUAUUGGGAUUAAUAUUCUCAUGUCUGUCAAUGGAGUCACAACGGGCAUGAAUCUCUUCAGUUGGCUUCUGAGUGCAGCCUUAUUCAGUACUCUUUAUCUAGCUCCAUUUGUGGUAAUUAUGGUAUACUUCGGACCGAAUAAUGCUGUACCAUUUUUAACUCGUGGAAAUCCAUUUAUUGUAUGGCUGGUCCUGUUCGUCAAUAUCUGCCACGUAUUUUCCUUCGGUUACCACUUGUCAUCUUAUUUUUGGAAACCUUCUAAAGGAAUCUCCAUAACCUUCAUGAUUUGGAUUAUAAUCAAUUCUGCUACGACCUACGCUGCUUCCAAUACUCUUCAACACUUCCUCCCGUACCUUGGCGUAAUAUUCCCAGGCAUCCUCUUUCAAAGAAUGUUCGACGAAAUCAGCAUGUACGAGAGGAAACUCAUCGGUCUCAACUGGUCGAAUAUGUUCACCAUUGGUUCAGUACACGCUCCAGCUGAAGGAAGUGUUGGAGUCAUGUUGAUCUUCUCCAUCAUCGGUAUUCUCUUAAACUUUUACUUGGCGGUUUUCAUUCAGGCAAUUCACCCCGGCAAAUACGGAGUCAGCCGAAAUCCCUUCUCUUGUUUCCGAAAUAAAUGCAAUGAUCAACUCGACGAAAAAAAAAUCGACCUUGAUAAAACAAAUUGUAUCGGCAAACAAUUUGAAGAGGUCCCUCGAGGAUCCUCUCCGCCAGGAAUAAGAAUCAGAGGAUUGAAAAAGACAUAUACAAGGGGUUGGACGAAAUCAUCAAAGGUUGAGGCACUCAGGGGAGUCUCUAUGGAUUUUUACAAAAGUCAAAUAACAGCUUUACUUGGUCACAAUGGUGCUGGUAAAACGACAAUGAUGUCGAUUCUAUCAGGGUUAACAAGUUUAACAGAUGGUAUAGUUCUCAUCGAUGGUAAAAAUAUUCAGCAAGAUCCAAUCAGCAUAAAGAAUAACAUCGGCCUCUGCCCCCAGGAGAACAUGGUCUUUCCAGAAUUAACAGUUUACCAACACCUUUUCUUCUUCGGAACUCUGAAAGCCCGUAAUAAAAAUAACACCGAGUUAAAAUCGGAAAUUAAUGCUUUAUUAGAUAAAAUGAAUCUAACGGACAAGCGGAAUGUCAUUCCUAAACAGUUGUCCGGAGGCCAAAAGAGAAGAUUGUGCCUUGCAAUGGCUGUGAUUGGUGAUGGAAAUGUCUUGAUACUGGACGAACCUACAUCUGGAAUGGAUGCACAGAGUAAACGCGAAGUCUGGGACAUUGUGCUGAAAAUGAGAGGUACAAAGACGAUAAUAAUAAGUACACACGACAUGGAGGAGGCUGAUAUCCUUGGAGAUAGAAUAGCAAUAAUGCAAACAGGCAAAUUGAAGAGCUAUGGAACGUCAAUGUUUCUGAAGAAAUUGUACGGAGAUGGUCAAGUGGAAGUGACACUGUCUAUCGAACCAUGGUGUGACCCUUCGAAAAUAAUCCAAGAGGUUGGAAUCUCAGCUCAGUUAUUGAGUCAAGACGAGGGUAAAAUGGUUCUAACAAUUCCUCAAGUGGAAUCAUUACCACAAACUCUAGAUCAUCUAGAAUCAUCCCGAAAUGCUUUAGGUAUCACUGGAAUGAGUGUUUCGUUAAUAACAUUAGAGCAAGUAUUCCUGAGAGUGACGAGAGAGGAUGCUGAUAGAGUUGAAUCAAGAGAGCCAAUGAAAUACUCAGAAAAGACAACAGGCAUCGAGUAUUUUCGUCAGUGUUUUUUUGCCUUUUUGCUGAAGAAAUUCACAUCGAGCAGGAAAAAUAUCUGGUCAUUCUUGCUGACAUUAUUAUUACCCAGUUUGGCAUGUAUAGUAAUGCUGGCAGCAUUCAGUGGAACAACGGAUCCAACGAGAUCACUCUCCUUAACAUUAAAUGCUUAUGACUCCCCACAGGCCUUUGUUAAAUCUUCAGAUUCCGAUUUGUCCCGUACGUACGUAAAAAGUAUGAGUCAGUUCGGAGGUAGAGCGGAGAUUCUUCGAGAGCCGACUACAAGUGUCACAGAUGCUCUUUUAAAGGUUGCUAAAGAUGACAUCGGAGUGUACAGAAAUAAAUACAUUGUUUCUGCUGAGUUUUAUCAGAUGGAUAUGAAUAUAACAGCCAAUGGAUUUUACUCGGGCGGUGCAUAUCUAGGGAUGCCCGUAACUUUAAAUACUCUGUCGAAUGCUAUUUUGAAGGCUCUAACCAUGAAUGAUGCCUACACUAUUGACGCUUCAGUCCAGCAGAUCCCAAUAAUCUGGGCAAUUCCUCAACGAGAGGUAGCUGAUGGCUGGCUCGCCACAAGUGGUAUUAUACUGUUUAUGGCAGUGACCAUUGCCUUAUAUGUUACUCAGCCUCUUGAAGAAGCUCGUUGUGGUGUAAAACAGCUGCAAAUUAUGACUGGGGCUUCGAAAUUCUCGUAUUGGGUCAGCAUGUUCGUAUUCGAUUUCUUGCAGUACGUAAUAUCCUGCCUUAUACUACUAGUUGUAUUGAUUAUCGUGGAUAAAGCGCUGGCCACAAAAUUAUACGGUGAGACAGAAAUCCUUAUAUCCUUGGAACUAAUGUUUCUCCUUGGGUUGAGCAUGCUGCCAUUUGUUUAUUGCCUCAGCUUCCUGAAGAAAACAUUGACUGCUACUAAAAUGUUUCAAUUAAUUGCUCCGGUAGUACUAGGAUUGUUGCAAGUGAUACUUACUCUCACUUCAAUGGCUUUGAGAAAUCAUUCUAUGGAGAUCUUCAAGGAUUUUGUGGCAUCAAUUGUUCAAAUGUAUCCUCUUCUGAGUUUUAUGUAUGCACAUUCAACUUUCUUCACUGUUGUAUCGAAGAACGCCAGAUGUCGGAGAAUGACUUCAGAAUUUACUAAUGUUUUAUGCGUCCUUCAUGAUCCUUGCUGUGAGGCACAAUGUACCAAUGGUGACUGCAAAAAUCCAUUUCCUUAUUUCGGUGAAAACGACUUAAAAUUUCUUCCAAAUCUGGCUACUAGUAUGAUGUACAUGGCAGGUUCAUUUUUAUUUUUCUCUGCAAUAAUUUUCAUAAUUGAACAGCGGUUUUUCCAGAGAAUCAUUAUGAGAAUUAUCAGGAAUAAAUCGAAAACAUUCAAUACUACAGAAAUGGAUGAAUUGGUGAUGAAGGAGAAGAGAGUUGUUGCCGAUGCAGUGGAAAACCGAAGGAAUGGAAUUUUCAGUAAUGUAAAUGAGAAUUUAAUGCUUGUGAACAAUUUACACAAGAGAUACAGAAGUCUUGAGGUAGUGAAAGGGAUCAGCUUCAGGGUGAAAGAGGGUGAAUGUUUCGGAUUGCUAGGGGUGAAUGGUGCUGGAAAGAGUACGACGUUCAGAAUGCUGACUGGCGAGGAAAUACCUAAUGAUGGACAAAUGUGGUUGAGAAAUUUUAAUAUUGAAAGCCAUCGUGUUGAAUAUCUGCGAGAAAUGGGUUACUGUCCUCAGCAAGAUGCUAUUAUGGGGAACCUGAAUACUUGGGAUCAUUUGUACUUAUUCGCAAGGCUUCGAGGUGUUCCGAAGGAUCAAGUACAGGAUGUCGUCGAGAAAUGGAUUAGGAAACU